GGAUAACUAUCGACAUGAGAGAGGUUAUAAUUAGUAUUUUUUGUGUUGUUGUUAGUUUGUUUUGUGUUAGAAGUGAUUCUUACAUGGACGCUUACAAGCAAUCUCAAAAUGAAAAAUUGGACGAGAUUUUAGUUAAAGGUGGUAAAAAUAUUGAUAGGGAAUUCAUUGAAAGUAAUAAUAUUCCUUAUAAUUAUGGGGCACCACCUGGACCAGAUUCGAAUAACUAUGGACCACCCGUAUCUCAAUACGGACCCCCAAAUCCAGCAUAUAACGCACCCAAUCAACCAGCUCCACCGCUAUAUGGUCCUCCAGCUCCGCCACCUGCAUAUGGGUCUCCAGCUCCGCAAGGGGCAUAUGGACCUCCAGCUCCACCACCAGCAUAUGGCCCACCAGCGCCUCCACCUUUUGUUUAUGGGCCUCCUGCACCCCCUAUAUAUGGACCACCCUCUUCUUCAGUUCAAGUCUUCUAUGGGAUGCCGCAUGCAUUAACUUCUUUUUGGGAAAAGUUAAAAUUUAAACUAGAUCUUUUCACGAUAGGCAAAAUUUUGUUGAAGCUGGUAUUGUUUAAGAAAUUCGUAAGCUGGGUCGCUUUAAUUUGUUUAUUGUUCUUUAUACCCUCAUUAAAAUCUAAAUUUGGAGCUGUCACUGAUGGUGGUGGGGAGAGAAAAAUUAAAUUAAAAACUAAAUUAGGUGAUGAAGAACUGAAUAAACUAUACAACUCUAUAUAUAAAGCACUGGAUAAUUUUUCCUACAAUUCUCAAAAAAAGCAAGACAAUAAACAAAUAUUCCAUCUUAGGUAGCGAAUAAAUUAAAUAUUAUUUAUUUAAGUUUUAAAUAAUUAUUUAUUUCUAAUUUAUUAUCGUACAUGUGAGAAUAAAAAAUGGAG